GACAUUCACGCAGUGAAUACUGCUAGUAAGAAGCAGAAACGCAUCAAAUGUGUUGUUUACAAUUAAAAAGUUUGAGUAAAGUAAAAUAAUUAAAUUUAUUAUUAACAAAUGGCUGCCGAGCGCUCGCGUCGUCAAAAUGCGGGCAAUAAAAUAGCUAAGUUGCUCGACGAGGAGGAGGAUGAAUUCUACAAAACGUCAUAUGGUGGCUUUCAGGACGAAGAAGACGACAAGGAAUAUGUUCAAAAAGACGAGGAAGAGGAUGUUGUGGAUUCAGAUUUCAGCAUAGACGAACAGGAUGAGCCCGUAUCCGAUCAAGAGGAGGCGCCUGACAAGAAACGUAAACGCGGAGGAGUCAACACAAAAGCCUAUAAAGAGCCAGCAAAGCCGCUUGUCAAGAAGGAAACUAAAGCUGGCACCACUCUACACAAAAAACGUGGAGCUGGCGGCGUGGUCAAACGUAGAGUGCGUCCGCGUUUUACCGUCCUAGACUCCGGGCGGAAGUCCAUACGUACAUCCACGGCCAUUAAAACUCAGGCGACAAAGAUACGACUUAAAGAACUAGACGAUGCACGCAAGCGUAAAAAGAAGAAGGUGCGCGUAGAGGACUAUAUGCCCACUCAGGAAGAAUUACUCGCGGAGGCGAAGCUAACAGAGGAGGAGAAUAUUAAAUCUUUGGAGAAAUUCCAAAAAAUGGAACUCGAAAAGAAGAAGACUCGGCCCACUAAGAGAGUUUUCAUUGGACCAACCAUUCGCUAUCAUUCAUUGACCAUGCCCGUCAUUCGUAACAUGCCCACACGCGCAGCCCAACCGAAUGAUUCGACUGGCCGGUGCGAGCGCACGUUUGUAACCUUCGAAAAUGAUUUCAAUGAUAAGGCUUUCAAUGCGAUUUUUCGUCCGAAACGAGCACCAAAGCACUCAAGUGGCAUUUGCCCAAUUACUCGAUUGCCGGCACGGUACUUUGAUCCCGUCACUCAACAGCCAUACUAUAGCAUUCAGGCGUUUAAGAUAUUACGCGAAGCCUACUACAUGCAGCUGGAGCAGCAAAGCAACAACAGUAGUAACAUCAGUGAACAGCCCGAGUUGGCCAAAUGGAUGGAGUGGCGUAAGUUAGUCAAAGAGAAUCGCCAAAAGGCCGCCACAGCAGCCAAAAGUAUCGAUAGUUAGUCGGCUGUAGAUUCAAUUAUCUUCGAAGCUAUAUCUUCAAUUGAAAUUUUUAUAAUGUUAAAAAGAAUUCAUUAUUCAUUCUUCUAUACUAACUCGAUUAUCA